AUGCCCUUAGCCAAUGAUUUCUACAAAAACACUGGACUGAAGUAUAUUGCUGCUCUUCUAACUCCUGCAGUUCCCAAUGUUACUUCUUCCCUUGGAAAUGAGUGGCGUGGAGCUGUCACCCAGCUGAGGAAAACACUCUGCAUUUUUCGGUACCACGAGGGUUGGAAUCGAAGCAAGCAAGCAAGCAAACAAACAAACAAAAACCCGCAAUUAAAUGGUCUAAAAAUGGGGUCUAAAAGAUGUGAAGCACCCAUCGACGUGAGCAAGUCGGAGUGCCGGUGCGCAUCAACACGCAAACGCAGCGAGAAGGUUAAAAAGAGAGGUGAAAGUCACAUCCCAAACAGACACGCUCCACGGAGCGCCGGACCCACACGGGGCAGCACUCGGCAGACUAUCCGCGCUGCAACCUCAGCCUGCGGGAGCGCCGCGGGACGAAGCGCUCAGCCCCGUCCGCUGCCCGCGGUCAGACAGCGGGGCGGGCGGGGGGUACGGCCGGCGCUGAAGGGCCGUGUCGGCGCGUUGGGGCAGAUGAAGCGGGAGGGUGGAAAAGCGGGAGGCAGUCAGAGGUGCCCGCCGGCACCACAGCCGGGAGUAAGAAAAACUCCGCGGAGUACUUCCCUAGAGGAGACGGGAGCUCCCCUCAGCGAAGGCGCGGGGAGAGAGACGGAUUCCAAAUACCAUCAUUACCUUUGACUUGAGAGUUGCAGCUGAGGCCUUUGGAGAGACAUUUAGGACAUCUGAAGGACAAGACGUUGAAACUCGUGAUUUGAAGGCAGGAAGCGUAUGGAAUACAAAUCACCUCUGAUACACCCCUUGAUUUCUAUUUCUAGUAAAUAUUAUUCACCUAUUAGUCAUUUUCAGGGCUUGUUCUCAUUCAGUCACGUGGCUACAUGGAUGAGUUACUCAUUUUGUAGUAAUGCUGUCUUUGGAAGAUGAGCCACUACUAUCUGAGUGCUAUAGGAGUACGAUGAGCAAAAUUUACUCUGAUGUGACAGCUUUGUUCUGGGCAGCUAUGCAGGUCAGUUUAUGGGCUUUCCAGACAGUAUUUGCAUCCUCCCAUUGCUGAAUGCUCUAUUUCAGCUCCAUGUGUCCAUGCUUGGCUCAAAACUGAAUUACUCCACAUUUAUGCUACUAGAAUUCCUUUGGAUAAGCUGGUAUAAUGUAUCACUGUGGAAGAACACAGUGAUAGAGUAUGCUUCCGAUCCUCAUUUUCAGGACAUUAAGGCUACCUCCCUUACCUUCCUCCAAGAUAAACAGAAAAACCCUGCUCCAAACUGCUGCCUCAGCAUAUACUUUACAGUUAUUGUUUUGGAUUCUUAAAGCUUUUAUUAUUUGCUGUAUAUUCCUGAGCAUCCUUAUUGGAUCAAUCUGAUUUCAUUGUUUCUUUCUUUUUUUUUUUUUUCCCCACAGAAAGCUGGCAUUAAGAGGUUCUUUUUCCAGCAAUGAUAAUCUCACUUACUAUAAAUUAUUUUAUUUGUAGUACCUUGGAGACACUCUAAUGCUUUUACAUAACAAAAGAACCACUUAUUUCCAAAUACUUUAAAGCUUGUUUUCAUUUUUUCCAUCAUUUUUAAUAUGAAAAUCAUUGAAUUUGAUGUUAAAAAAAAUUGCUGUUUUAUUAAAAAAAUCAUGUACAGAAGUGUAUGUUUAAUCAUGUGAAGGGAAACUCCUAUUUCUCAAAUAUGUAAAAGAAAGUAUGAAUUUAAAUAGAUAAAUAAACCAAAAAGUAAAUGAAAGAAGUAAACUAUGCACUGGGAUGAGCUUUCCAUUGACACUAACCUUAAAGAUAGCAGCUGUCUGCAUGAAAGAGAUGCCUGAUAGCAAGACAAAUUUUCAAAACCAAACUUGCACCAGCAUGAUUUUGAUUUCUAGGCAAGUCUAGCUAAAAGGAGGAAACUUUAUAAACUAAUAUUAGAGGGAGAGUGAAGUCAUUUUAUGGGCUAAGAGUUUACAUAAUCCUUCUGACAUAAUCUCAGCAAUAAUGUAGUCAUGUAAGGCUGUUCAUUGUACAACGGUAAGAGGAUGCACAACUUAUUACAGUAGCAUAAAAAUAAAGGAAAAUAAUUUUAUGUUCAACAAAUGCACUUUUAUUCCCACCUGACAGAAAGAGGAACAACCAGUAAUAAUUCAGUGGAUUUGAUACUCAGCGUAUACAGAACUUUGUGGUACAAUUCCGAGUUAAAGGCACUGUUCCACUGAUGGCAGUCAUCCAGACUUCUUCUUAUGUGAAGGGCUAUAGUGGAAGCCAGAGCUACGAAUUAAUGCUUCCUUGUUGGUUAUGGCAUACAUGCACGAUGCAUCAAAAUCAUAUAAUAGUAUCAAAACUUCUGCCUACUCUGAACCAUCAGUGGGGCUUAGAAAACAAUCAACAAAAGGUCAGGAUCCUCCAGGCUGCAAUGAUUUUGCCUUGGUCAGACCACUUUCCCUUGACUUUGAUGCUUGCUUCACAUGACUGUGGAUCACUUAUUUUUUAUGGAAGUAAUUGUCAGCAUUUCCAGGGAGCAUUGCUCUGCUGUAUCACUAUGAUUAUUCAUUAAUGUGACUACUUUUUAAACAAUUAUGUAUGUAUUUAUUGUGCUGUACUACACUUGUAAAACUAAACAUUCUAAUUGUUAUAAAUAAUAACUGGUAUCAUCUGUUUUCCUAC